AUGUUGCAACGGGUUGCGCCACCCAGUCUACGAGAACUGCAAACGUGUGACGCCCUUCCAGUAGCCAUCGGGCGAUUCCCGUUCUCCGCCCCCCUCUCCGCUGUAACGGCCUCGCUCACGCUCACGCGCGUGCGUCACGGCAACCGUAACCCCCAGGAGCGAAAUCGGGCUCGUGCGGAGGCCAGGAUGGCGGACGUCAUGUCUUCCCUCAUGAAGCACAAGCACGCCGGCCUCUUCCUCGCCCCCGUCGAUCCCCGCACCGCUCCCGGCUACGAGAAGUACGUGCAGACGCCCAUGGACCUCGGGACGAUCAAUAGGAAGCUGCGGACGGGCGGGUUCGCUGGCGAUAUUCUGGGCUUUGCUGCCCAGGUCCGGCUCGUCUUCGCUAACUGUCUCGCUUAUAACCCUCCCGGUGAUUGGGCGAGAGCUUGGGGAGAGAGCUGCGGCGGGGCCUUUGAAGCCAUGUACAACGCCAAGCUCGCGCCGUUGCUAGCCGCCCAGUCGGACAUGUCGGACAUGCUGGCGGAUGAAGAGGAGUCCGGAGAACCGCCAGACCACGAGGUGGCGGGGGGGCGAGGGAACGAGGGGGAGGGCAAGAUCAAGAAGUUGAAGGUGAGACUAAAGAACAGCAGAGGCGGGGCGGGCGGCGGUUCCAGCGGUGGCUCGACGUCGUCUAGUCCGGCGCCAGCAUCGCAGCACGCGGACUGGGGCUCACCAGCUUCGGGCGCCGUCCGCCCACCGUCGAAAAAAAGAAAGCCUCCGCAUCCAGGACCAGGCACGACCGGCGGCGGCGGCGGCGGCGGCGGCGGCGGGGGUGGCGGGGCAACUGGCGGCGUCAAACAGGUGCUCCCUAAGAUCCGGAUCACGUUCAACGCGAAGGGGACGCCGAAGAUCGCGCCGCCUGCUGCCGGGCGAGACUCGUCGCAGUCUCCAACCGCGGCUGCGGCGGCGGCGGCAGCAGCAGCAGCGGGGCCACCCAACAACAGCAGCAGCAAGAAGCCGACAACCAUCAAGAUCGCCAGGCCCAGGAGCAAUUCACCGGCCGCGCCGGCGGUCCAGCAGCAGCAGCAGCAGCAGCAGCAGCAGCAGCAGCAGCAGCAGCAGCAGUCGUCUUCUUCCUGGGGUGUUAGGGAUGGUUGGAGCGAGAGGCAGCGGGGGCCGUCUUCCGUAGUGUUGACGAUGAAGGGCGGUAGCAAAGGUGGCGGCGGCGGUGGCGGCGGAAACGCCGGGGCGGGGGUCUUGGUGCUGCCCCGGCGUCCAAGGGGAGGAUCGAACCCGCAGGGGACGGCGGCGGCGGCGGCGGCGGCAGGGGAGGCGAAGUACGGCAAUGGGGGCCGGCAGGACGAGCAAGCGCAAGAGCGGCAGGAGCUACUCGAGGAGGAGGAGGAGCAGGAGCUGCAGCUACGGCAAGGGGUAGUAGCAGCUCCCUCCGAGGAGGCCUCUCGGAAGAAGUGUAUCAAGCAGGCCCAGAGGCUGCUGCGCAAGACCCUCGUACCCUUUCGAUACGGACCCUAUGAGGUCGUCAGCUUCGGGAUCGUGUCGCCUCGGCCCGGGUUUCACACGGAGGCGUUCAUGUUCCCGCCGGGGUACCGGUGCACUCACUCGCGAUUUGUGCGGUGUAAUUUCAAGCAGUUGCUGGCCGAGGCCGCGUCGGGGAUAGAGGCGUGGCGCGCAUGCCUUCAGCUGGACGGGGCUCUGGCUCGGAGGACGGUGUUUCGCCUCGUAAGGUGCAAGUCCGUGUUGAACCGGCUGUGCUGCAACGAGGACGCGAUAGCGUUCCUGGAGAGCGUCGACCCGGCAGAGGUGCCGGGGUACCACACCAAGAUCACGCGGCCGGUGCACAUGCGCCUUGUGGACCAGAGGCUCAAGCGGGGCGGCUACCUCAACGAGUUCGCGUUUGCGAGCGACGUGCGGCUAGCGUGGUCCAACGCGAAGCUUUUCAACAGAGAGGGGUCGGAGCUGUGGUUGGCGGCCGACCGGUUGUCGCGAGAAUUCGAGGCGCUGUUCUGCGAGUGGGUCAUCAACCCGCCUGAUGGAUACGGGAGAGGCACGCAAGGGAACGCGCCCGCGCGAGGGACUUGGGACGACUGGCAGGAGCUGAGGUACUUCGACAACCUCAAGGGCUGCAGGGGGUGUGCCAAGGCGUCCACGAAGGUUAAGUCGGCGGCGGCGGCCGUCACGACGGCGGAAGAGGCGGAGACCGCCCGCAGGAAGAGCAUGCCGCCGGAGCUUGUGUGCUCGUCUUGCGAGGACGAGUGGCACGCGAUCUGCCUCGGAGACGGCAACAACGCCGGCGGCGAUGAUGGUCCGGCGGCGGUGGCGGCGGCGACGAAGGCGUCCUUGGAAGGACGACCGUUUCUGUGCCCCAGGUGGUAG